AAGGCAAAACGUCAUUAAAAAACAUUAAUUGUCAAUGCAAGUGAGUUUGCAGGUUCCGUUCGAUUGUUUCAUAGUGUUUUUCGCUGUUUUUACCAAAAAAGUAAGAUAUAUAUUUGAAAUAAAUUACUAAAUUCUAUUUAGUUUUACUGUUAUUCAACUUUUACAGUGAAAAUGUCGACGAACGGAGAUUCCGGAAGCCUUGAUGCCAGUGGCAAAAUAGUGAAGAUGGAGGUUGAUUAUAGUACCACUUGUGAUGAAAAGAUACCACUGUGGAAGUCAUGGGCAAGUAAAGGAAGAGUUCAGGAAGCCAUUGACCAGCUGCUGGCUCUGGAGAAACAGACAAGAACGGGUGCUGAUAUGGCAUCCACUGCCAGAAUCCUUGUAGCUAUAGUCCAGAUUUGUUAUGAGGCUAAGAACUGGUCUGCACUCAAUGACCAGAUUGUUCUUCUUUCAAAGAGAAGGUCACAGUUGAAACAAGCUGUAGUGAAAAUGGUGCAGGAAUGUUGCACUUACGUAGAUAAGACUCCAGACAAGGAGACUAAAAUCAAGCUGAUCGAAACACUGCGGUCUAUAACUGAGGGUAAAAUUUACGUUGAAGUGGAGAGAGCUCGGUUGACUCAUAUCCUGGCUAAGAUCAGAGAGGAAGAAGGCAAUAUCGCUGAAGCUGCUAAAAUCAUCCAGGAGUUACAAGUUGAAACUUACGGUUCCAUGGAUAAACGUGAAAAAGUGGAACUGAUUUUGGAACAAAUGAGGCUCUGCUUAGCCAUCAAAGACUACAUCCGUACUCACAUCAUUUCCAAGAAAAUCAAUACCAAGUUCUUUGAAGAGGAGAAUACUCAGGAAUUAAAAGAAAAGUUUUACCGUCUGAUGAUAGCGGUGGACCAACACAACGGACAGUACUUGGGAGUGUGUCGUCACUUCCGGGCGCUAGGACAGGCGGCGGGGGCGGACGCCCUGGUCGGCAGUGUGGUGUUCUUGAUCCUGGCACCGUAUGAUAAUGAGCAGGCUGAUCUCACGCACCGACUCAAUGAAGACAAGGAUUUGGACAAGUUGCCUGACUACAAACAACUUCUAGGCCUGUUCAUCAACCCGGAGAUUAUCAGAUGGAACACACUCUGCUCCACGUAUGAGAAAAUGCUCCGAGGGACUCCCUACUUCGAGCAAUCUGACGAGAAGGGUCAGGAGCGCUGGAAUGACCUGAAGAACAGAGUUGUUGAACAUAACAUCCGCAUAAUGUCAAUGUACUAUACGCGGUUGACGGUGAAGCGUAUGAGUGAACUGCUCGGCCUGAGCGAGACGGAGACAGAGGACGCUCUCAGCCAGUUGGUGGUCAGCGGUGUCGUGCGCGCCAAGAUCGACCGCCCCGCCGGCGUGGUGCAUUUCAGCUUAAACAUGGAUUCAUCAGACCGCCUCAACGAGUGGUCGAACAACUUGAACACACUGAUGCAGUUGGUGAACAAGACGACACAUCUCAUCAACAAAGAGGAAUGUGUGCAUAAGCACCUCCUGGCCACGGCUGAAUAAACUUCAAACCUUUGCCUUUGUUGUCCGUCAACGUCUCUUUAAACUUCUCAAUAAAAAAAGCCUUUGAUAUACUGAUAAUUAUUUAAAAUAGCAGCAAGUAAUAAAAAAAAGUAAUUCAUUGUUGGAA